GCUUGCUAGCCUUUUCCUUCAGUCAGCAAAUAUAUUUGCUAGCUGUAUUCUUUUUUUCAUUUUCAUUUUAAUCUCCCUCUCGCAGCCCAAAUACUCCAAUAAAAAUAAUUGCUCCUUCUCUCUCUCUCUCUCAGUCUCUGUGUGUGGUGCUGCAGUGCAUAUGUAAUAUCCGAGAUUUACUUUUAGAAUUCCUGUUUAUCUUUUCUCACACAGUAUUACAGUGUGCUUUUAAGGCAGCUUUUUCAUGAAAUGGAAGCAGCAGCGUAGCUAGAUUCUCCACUCUCAAGCCCUCACAACCCAUCUCUGCACCUCUAAACCACGCCGCCGGGCGGAAUGGGAAGAGCUGCGCGGUGGUUCAAGGGCCUUUUUGGGAUAAAGAACAAAGACAAGGAAUACCCCGCCGCCCGCUGGGGUUCCGGCCACCUCUGCCACAACCCCACCACCAUUCCCCCCAACAUCACCCCCGCCGAGGCCGCCUGGCUCAGAUCCUUCUACAGCGACAACGACAAGGAGCAGAGCAAGCACGCCAUAGCCGUCGCCGCCGCCACCGCCGCCGCCGCUGACGCCGCCGUCGCCGCCGCCCAGGCCGCUGUCGCAGUGGUCCGCCUCACCAGCCAGGGCCGCGGCACCGCCGUGUUCGGUGGGAGCAGGGAGAAGUGGGCCGCUGUCAAGAUUCAAUCACUGUUUCGUGGAUUCCUGGCCCGAAAGGCUCUUCGGGCCCUGAAGGGGCUGGUGAAGAUUCAGGCUCUGGUGAGGGGAUUUUUGGUGCGUAAACAAGCGGCCGCCACUCUUCAAAGCAUGCAAGCCCUCAUAAGAGCCCAAGCUAGUGUUCGGGCCGAGAAAAUGCGACGCCUUAUCAGCAACGACGACAGUUUCCCCCCUCACUACCAGGCCCGAAUACCCCUGGAAAGGUACGAGGAUGAAAGAAGCGAGCAUCCGUCAUCAUUCCACAGCAGAAGGCUGUCAGCGUCAUUCGAAACGGCGGUGAAUUCAUUCGACGAGAGCCCGAAAAUCGUGGAGGUGGACACGGGCUGCCGGCCCAAAUCAAGAUCCCGGCGGGCCAACUCAUGGAUGGCGGCGGAGGCGCCGUUCCAAUGCCGAAUCCCGGCCCGAAACCCGACGGCCGAGGAGUGGGGCGAGGAGUUGUCGACGGCGCAGAGCACACCGAGAUUCGGCGGGUGCAGCGGGCCGGUGACGCCGGCGAAGAGCGAGAGCCUGUUGAGGAGCUACGGCGACAACCACCCGAGCUACAUGGCGAAGACGCAGUCGUUCAAGGCGAAGGUGAGGUCGCACAGCGCGCCGAAGCAGAGGCCCGAGGGCGGCCCGAAGAGGAGGCUGUCGCUCCAUGAGAUGAUGGAGUCUCGCAAUAGCUUGAGCGGGGUGAAGAUGCAGAGGUCGUGCUCGCAAGCUCAGGAAGCCAUUACUUUCAAGAAUGCUGUGAUGGGCAACUUAGGUAGGUCCUCGGAUUUUGUAAGACCAAACUAUUUUUAUUCCAAUUCACACAAUGCAAAUUAAGAAUGUUUCUGCCGCAAACAACACCAUAUUACAUUUGCUACCACUUGUUUUUAUUA